ACUUCCUGUAGGCUUCUGUGUUUGCCUCCACUUUACUCUUAAGUUUCUCUUAAAAGAAAGUUAUAUCUGACCCGCCCCCUCGAGAAAAUAACAAAAACAAACAAACAAACAAACAAACAAGACUCGGCGGCCGAGCGAGCUUGCGCGCGCAUGCCCGUGACGUCGACCGCGGGCUCAGCUCGGUGCGCGCUCCCGUCGUGCACCACCAACAUGGCGCUCGCCGCCGGAUCAGGAGUUAAAGUUCCUCGCAAUUUCCGGCUACUGGAAGAGCUGGAGGAAGGGCAGAAAGGCGUCGGGGACGGCACGGUGAGCUGGGGUCUCGAGGAUGACGAGGACAUGACCUUGACUCGGUGGCGAGGGGUCAUCCUCGGCCCGCCGCGAACGAGCUACGAAAACAGGAUGUACAAUUUGAAGGUUGAAUGCGGGCCAGGAUACCCAGAAUCGCCGCCCUUUGUCAGAUUUGUGACCAAGAUAAACCUGAACGGCGUGCACACCUCCAACGGCGUGGUGGACAUGCACGCGGUGACCGCGCUGGCCAAGUGGCAGAACUCCUACAGCAUCAGGACCGUCCUGCUGGAACUGCGGCGGCUCAUGACCUGCAAGGAGAACAUGAAGCUUCCGCAACCACCCGAGGGCCAAAUCUAUACCAACUGAGGCUGCGUCCGUUUGUCUCCCGUCUUUUCCUCCCCUUCGCGUCCGACCUUCCUUUUGGCCGGCUAACUUCCCGUCAUCGCGAGAGCCCAAACGCUCGGCAAGAGUGCGGACGCGCACUCGUCGAUAGCCGCACACAUCCCGCCAUUCCGGCUGACUUCCUCGGUUGUGAUCAUUGCUCGACUGUACGUCCUUUUUUUUAUGAUUUGUGGACAUGGCAGAUUGUACGAUAACAUAAAUAAUCUUAUGACGUA